UUCUCGUUGGUUUCCUUCGAACGCUGAAAAGGAAAAUGCAUAUGAAAACAGCCACACGACACCGUUUGGUGGUGGCUUUUGCUGAUAAAAUUGGAUUUGGGUCGGGUCGAGUAUGCGUCUGGGUUAGACGGGCCUUCCCCGAACGACAAUUCGUUUUAUAUCCAACAGGUGGCGACAUUCAGUUAUUAAAGGACGUGUCGUUGGUAUCCCUAACAUCAUGUAAACGACAUUAUUCUCGCUCCACCUCCGCUUUUAUCAGAAAACAAAAGGCAUCAGGGCUUUGUAAGCUGCUUCUCGACAUGAUGCGCACGUUAGCAGCUCAGCUCAACACUUAUCUGUCUCGAAGCAAAUCGCCAAAUGUUCAAUCUCGCAAUUUCUCAUCUUUCAACAGAAGCAGAGAUGAGCUCUCCAUUGAAGAGGAAGCUGAAAGGAAGAUUGGAUGGUUACUGAAAUUCUUCUUUGCUGGGACUGCUACUUUUGUUGCAUACCAGUUCUUUCCAUACAUGGGAGAUAAUUUGGUGCAGCAGUCAAUUUCGCUGUUGCAAGUCAAGGAUCCCUUUUUUAAAAGAACCGGUGCUUCUAGAUUAGCCCGUUUUGCAGUUGAUGAUGAAAGAAGGAAGAAAAUUGUGGAGUUGGGUGGGGCUCAAGAGUUGGUAAACAUGUUGGAGGAUGCCAAAGAAGACAGCACUCGCAUAUCAGCUCUAAAGGCCCUUGCUGCACUUUCACACUCAGAUGAGGCUGUUGGAGCAUUGCACCAUGCUGGGGCUUUUUCAGUAAUUAAGUCUACCCCAGAUUCGUUGGAGGAAUCAGAAAUAAAAAAUUACAAAUCAAGCCUGCUAAAGAGAUUACAAGAUCUAAGAUAUGAUAGUUGAUAUUUUGUGGUUAAGGUAUAACCCUUACGAUUGUAGCUGGAAGUACAAUGAGAUCAAGAAGUCAUGUUAGCAUGUAAGGAUGAUCUCUAUCUCACAAAGAGAGAGUUUUGGCAAUUUUAAUAAAAACAAGUUCAAAUUUUGCUUUA